GCCGCGGAGGAGGGAGGGAGCGGCGGCGGCUGCCCGGUCGGUCGGUCGGUCCGGUCGGUCGGUCGGUCGGUCAUGCGGCAGCCGUAGCCAUGCAGCGCGCCGAGCUGCGGGACGGGGAGGCGGCGGCGGCCGCCGCGGCCUCUUACCGGGUGCUGAGCCGCUUGCUGGGCUACGGGGCCGGGCCGGAGGCGGGCGCGGCGGGCGGCGCCGUUACCGGCGCGGCGGGCGCGGGGCCAUCGGGCCCCGGUGUCGGGCGGCUGCCGGCGGCGGCGUUACCGGGCGGCGGAGCGCUGCGGGCCCAGCGGCCGCCGCCGCAGCUGAUGGUGUUCCGCAACGCGGCGGAGGGGCGGCCCGGCGAGGAGGGCGGCGGCGGCGGGGGGGGGGGGGCCCCGGCGGGAGGCGGCGGCGAGCUGCUUUGCCCGCGGCACCGCUGCGCUCUGGAACCCAAAGCGGCGGCGAGGUGGGGGACGGCGCCGCCCGGGGGGCUGGAGCUGCAACUGGCGGCACUGGGGCUGCGGCCCCCCGGGCUGGGCGCGAAGGGACCGGCGGGCUGCCCCUGCCCCUGCCUCGGCCCGCCGCCCCCCGCCGGGCCCGCCGCCGAGGAGACCAGCGACGCGCUGCUGGUGCUAGAGGCGUUGGAACCCGACGAGGCCGGGAGCUGCUCCGAGGAGGAACCGGGUUCUCCCGGCCGCGGAACCGCCCGCGCCGCCGGCAGAGGAGCCACCGGGACCGGCCCCGCGCCGCCGGCCGCUGCCCCCGGGGGAGCCGGUCCCGGCGGCAGGAAGGGUUCGCUCAAGAUCCGCCUCAGCCGCCUCUUCCGCACCAAGAGCUGCAGCGGCGGCUCGGCCACCGGGGACGCCGCCGCCGUCGCCGUUACCGAGGGCCGGCGCACCGGGGAGCUGCCCGCCUCGGCCGGCAGCCUGACCGACGUCUGCGGGGCCCGCGGCCGAGAGCAGGAGCCGGGCAGUAGGAAACACAGACUGACAAGAACUCAAAGUGCCUUUUCCCCGGUUGUGUUCAGCCCCCUCUUCACAGGUGAAACAGUGUCACUAGUGGACGUGGACAUCUCUCAGCGAGGACUGACCUCCCCUCACCCUCCGACUCCACCACCUCCACCACGAAGAAGCCUCAGCCUGCUAGAUGAUAUCAGUGGGACGCUGCCUACAUCUGUCCUAGUGGGUCCAAUGGGCUCCUCCUUGCAGUCUUUCCCUCUGCCUCCGCCUCCUCCGCCCCAUGCCCCAGACGCCUUCCCACGGAUCGUCCCGCUGAGGCCGAUGGAGGCGAUGCCUGGGCAGCCCACCCCACACCUCCAGUGUCCGCUCUACCGCCCGGACUCCAGCAGCUUCGCAGCCAGCUUGCGAGAGCUGGAGAAGUGCGGGUGGUACUGGGGACCGAUGAACUGGGAGGACGCAGAGAUGAAGCUGAAGGGGAAGCCGGAUGGCUCCUUCCUGGUCCGAGACAGUUCUGACCCCCGUUACAUCCUGAGCCUGAGCUUUCGGUCGCAGGGCAUCACCCAUCACACCAGGAUGGAGCACUACAGAGGGACCUUCAGCCUGUGGUGCCAUCCCAAGUUUGAAGACCGCUGCCAGUCUGUGGUGGAGUUCAUAAAGAGGGCAAUCAUGCACUCCAAAAACGGGAAGUUUCUCUACUUCCUCCGAUCCAGGGUUCCAGGUCUCCCUCCAACUCCUGUCCAGCUCCUGUAUCCAGUCUCCAGGUUCAGCAAUGUCAAAUCCCUUCAGCACCUUUGCCGCUUUCGGAUCAGGCAGUUGGUCCGGAUAGACCACAUCCCCGACCUCCCGCUGCCCAAGCCCCUGAUCUCCUACAUCCGCAAGUUCUACUACUACGACCCGCAGGAGGAGGUGUAUCUGUCGCUGAAGGAAGCUCAGCUCAUCUCCAAACAGAAGCAGGAGACUGAAUCCUCCACGUAGCGAGGCUGCUUCACCCAUCUUGUUGCUGUCACUGAUGGAAUUUGAUUGUUGCCAUCCUGUAGCCCAAGUCAGGCUGUGGUGGGAAGGAGGCACGCGACGGUGGAACCUGCUUCUGCGGUGCCGCUUCUGCUCUCAAGCUCUUUUGUACAGAGAAGAGGGUUCAAGACUCCUAAAAAAGCACAGCAGAACAGGAACAAGAGCCUCGGCUCCUGGCUGAGGGAGAGGAAUCUCGGAGACAGCUGAGCCUAGCUCGUGGACUCCCUGCAGAACAAAGAAUGUCAUGGCACUAUUUACAAUUUUUUGAAAGUUUUAUUUUUGAUGUCUUUUUUUUAUUUUAUUUUCAGCAUGAGAAAUACUGUAUUAUGAUCAGCUGAAUUUUAUUAUCCUCCCUUGGAAACUUUGAGGUGGGGGGAGACGGAGAGAAGGGGACUCUCUAGGAAGAUCAUCUGCUUCAGGCAUUAUGGCAAGACUGUUCUUUUGGUCCUCACCGAGAGGGGAUGCAGCCGGAGAGCUGCUUGGAGGCAGACUGAGCCAGAAUGACGUGCAGCUAUGUGGAAUAACCUCUGGGAAACACGGAGCUCUGAACAGCAGGCAGCUGCACAGCUCCCCUGCUUUCUAGGAUUUGGGAGGAGAGGGCCAAACCUAGCCUUGGGCAGCUGAGCUUUGCAGCUGGAUUUGCAGGGUGGUCCUAUAUGCUUUUAAGCUGGACCCAAGGAAGGAAGAGCACGUGAGCCAUUUGGAUGUCGUGGAGCCUUCUGCCAAAGGGAAUGGUUGCUGCUGCCCUGGGAAGUGGGGGCUGCUCCUCUGAGGAGUCAUCGUUCCCUUAGCAAACACUGGAAGAUUUUGCUGAGCCCCUGGGCUAAGUGGAAGGACGGUGGCAAAGCUGUUGCUGUAACUGUUGCAGCAGUCCAUGGACCAAAGGUACUUGCUGCAGCCAUCUCAGUCUUGCAGAGCUGUAGGACGUGCACUUUUAGCCUUUCUCUGGCUGCCUCCAGAAGCUGUGAAUGAAGUGGCUUUCUGCCGAGCUGUGAAGGAUCUUGACCAGGAGUUGCUGGGGCAUUAAGAGGCAUCUCUGGGGUGUCUCGGAGCAAGCAGCAGAUAGCAGAUACAACUGAGGGUUCUCCUGGAAUGGCAUCUGAUCUCUGUGAGCUUGCUUGCUGCUUCCUGCUCUCCCUGGGAUGUCUGUGGAACCACAGCAGUUCGGAAACAGUAAAGCCAAGAGAGGUGUUAGCUCUUGCUGUGUUUCUGUGCUCAGCACUGGCUGAAACACCCCCCUCUUACCCCUUCAAAUCCUGGUCUGCUGUUUCAUCCACUGCAGCAACAUGCAAAGAAUACGCAUUUCAUGGUGAAGUUUAAAGUUUGCCCCAAGUGAUGCUGAGAAGUCUGGAGAAGCAUCUCUCCUCCCGUAUUUAAACGAGCAAAUGUUCCUGUGCUCUCAACCCCGAGUGAAGGAAACGCUCCCUCCUGCAACAGUGUGAUCUGAAAAUGCGACGCUGUGUGUGGCCCGAGUCUCUGGGUCUGAGGUUGGUGCCCUGUGAGCUGGCUGCAGUCACUCAGGAGCUGCUGGGACUCUGCUCUUGCCCUGCGGAAUGAUCUGUGAAUUUGAAUUAGACACAGCUGUGUGGAUCUUGAAGCAGCCUGGAAAAAUUCUGAUUGCCUCGGCCAAGAGUUGCUACGAAGGGUGCUAACAAAUCCUGCCCUCCCUUUCUUCACCAUCACCUCUGCCCUCAGUUUUGGUCAUGGAGAAAAAGGAUGUUUUUUAAAAAGGAUUUGGCUUCCAGAUGAAACUAAUAACUAAGCUUCAAAAUCUGUAGAAAUACCUCAUCAGACACUACUCACUACUGACUUUGUCUUGCGUUGUCAGGGCAGUGGUUAUCAGGAAGGGUGAGCUGCCCCAAGAUGAGCUGAACAGAAUAUCCUGACCCUUGGUGACACUGGAGCUAAGGUAGCCUACAACCCCCGGAGCCCGCAAAUAAAUGCAACUGCUCUGACUAAAACAUACAGCACGUUGGGCGACUGUCGGAGCCAGGGAGGAAAAAAAACAUCUAUACUUGUUCAGGUGAAACUUGAAUAUCCGUGUGCCUGCGCCUGCUGCAUCUCAGCUGCCCAUGUGCUGAAGAUUUGAAUCUUCCAUCUUAUCCCUGUGCUGGAAAGGAAAACCUUCCUAAGAGCCAAGCCUGGUCUGAUGCCUGAAGCGUCCCAAGAACGUGCCAGCGAGGAGUGGCCAGUGCAUGUGCCUCCUGUCACGUUUCUCUCCAAAAAAAAAAAGUCCCUGGAGGCCAGGAUACAGUGGUGUGGGCCAGUGUGCGUGGAGAGGUGAUGCCCUGUGGGACGCGUGAAGCGGGGGGAGCUGUGAGCCUCCCCUUGCUGAAGCUGGGGAGAAGCCGGUCCUCUCCCUAGUGUGAUGGUAGGGACAGAAUUUUCCCCCCCUCCUUCCCUGCUCUGGGAUGGAGAGGCACAGGCUGGGUUUGGGAAGGAAAAGCAGCCGGCCUGGAGAGCAGACCAGGAAAAACUGGUGCUGGCUGGGCACUGGGAAGCAGUGUAGAGCAUGUCCUGCCAACACUGGGCUGGCCUGGGGUGAAAAUGCACAACCCUGCUCCGUGGUGGGUCAGGAGAGCUGUCCUGUACCACCCCAUCCCCUGUGUCGUCCCCCCCCGAGCUCCCUGUGUACCCCCCCAACUCCCCCUCAGGGGUGGAUGGGGAGCCACUAUGACGUUUGUAGCUGUCGAAGCAGCAGCCAGACUUCAGGAGCAAUACUUGAAUUACGUGUCUUUGGCUGUCGGUGUCCUUGGGAGGACUUCUCCCACCAACCUGCCAGGGCUUCUGCUCUUCCCUGAACCCUGGGCACGGCGGGGGCAGCCCUCCCCAAAUUGAGGCCAACAGCAAGGCCUGGGGUCUGCCUGCAGCAGCCGAAGUGACGGAGGGAACGUGAGCUGGGGUGUUGGUUAGAGGAUGGUGGGACACCAGCGUGUCACCCUGAUGUGCUUGGUGUCAGCUGUAGCUGCACAAGCACCGGGGGGGGGGGGUGCUCCGGACCCCCAGGAGCGGUGGGGUCAGCUCUGCUGUGGAAGUGGCAGAUGCUCUUCAGCCUCCCCAGGGCCCUGCUCCACCUCUCCUUGCUCCAAGCCAGGCAGUGGAGCUGGAGCACGGUCAGUGCCAGCCUGCUGCCUGGGGCUGGUACUGCUGGAUCAGAUCCCAAGGUUAACUGUAGUUAACAGCCUUCUCUUGAAACCCAUUUAAAACGAAGCUGUUCCUAGAGCUCCUGCACAUCUAAGUGCGUAAGGGGAGGGAGGGACUUGAUCUGCUGUUUGGAUGUGGAAAAGGUCCAGAGAUUUUGUUUCAAGGCUGGAUGUGAGUGGAGAGGGCGGCGCCUGCCAAGGGGGUGACGGUCUUCGUGGGCACCUCAAAGAGGUGGCUCGGUCCUGUCUUGGCGGUGAACCCCAGCCCGGUUUGGGGAGGAACACCUGAUGUUUGUAUCCUGCCUGGAAUGGUUUUGUAGGUUGGUUCUGGAGGAUGCUCUCAUCCUGCUGAUUUGGAAAAAAAUUUUAUAGCCUCCUUUUGUCCAACCUUGAAUUCUGCAGAGGUUGUUGCCGUCCUCUUUCCUCUAUCAGGGACCGGAGGCAGAUGAGCAAUGACACGGACCAUAGAAACUACCAAAGCGCAGAACAGUACCCAGGGAAAAGCUCCUUUUUCAGCUGGAGAUGGUGCUUUUUCAGCUGGAUGGGUGCAGCUCUACCUGGUUGCAGUGCCCUGUGGCAGGCUUUGCUCCAGCCGGCUGCUCUGCGCGGGGCGCCCGCUCCUUCCCCUGCAGCCUGUGUCAAGGUAGGGAAUGACCUGGCUCGCUCCUGCAGUGUGAAAUUCAAAUAAGCCAGGACAGUUUUCUCACGUGGAAGUUUUCAGCUCAGCAUUGACCUCGUUGGGGCCAAAAGAAAGGGGGGGGGAAGUUAAUCUUUAGGUUGGUUUGGGUGGGACCUGUGGUGGGCACCCUGAGCUGCUCAUGGGAGAGGGAACGGGUGGCUUUGAAAGCACCAGACACAUCGUGCUGACAUAUCUGGCCAGUUUUUAAACCCUAAAAGUUUUUAAUAGAGACUUGUGUUAUUGUGCACGUGCCUGAAGGAGCCCGUGGGUGCAGGGAGAUGUGCAGGGCUGCACCCCGGUCGGGCAGGCUCUGCUGUGGGUGAGGGCUGGGGCUGGAGUCUUGUCUGGGAACCUUUUGGGGAGGAAACUGCUGGAAAGCAGAGUUUGCAAAAGGAAGGAUCUUCCUCCUGCCGGUAGGAAGGGAACUGGCUGUUGUCCUCUUGGUUUUUUUUGCAGUUAAGAUUUGCCCUUGGGAUGAUUUUUACCCUUAAAAUUGACCAUCAGGUCUGAGCCUGCCCCUUGGAGGGCUCGUCGGGGACGCAGACGCUCACCCGAGCCCCCUUUGGCUUUCCAGGAUGGGAGGGAUUUAUUGGGGUGCUCCAAUAGCACUCCCCUCCCUGGCACCUCACUCAUUUAGAGUCUUCCAGGUGAGACAGGGCAGGCGGGGACACCCCCUGCCCACCCCCCACCCCCCCCAAACAUCCCCUGGGGUUAACAGGGGGUCCCAGCAGUGCUGCCUCCAACCGUGCCUCCAGCUGAAAAGCACAACCGGUGCCCCGAAAUGCAGCAGCCUCCCAGGGUGAGCUCCCACUGCCCCCCCCCCCCGCCCCCCGGGCUGCUCCCCCACCCCAGCCAGGGCUUUUCUCUGAAAAUCGCUGACAGGCAGCGGCUAACACUGGAUCCGGACUCGCCUUUAGAGAAGGAACGAGCAGAUCUUGGCAGCUCUGAGUGCAGGACCUUGUGCUGCUCAUCGCCAGGACUGUUGAACCACCCUUUGGUAGAAAUGCAGCUUUGCUUAAUUUUAUCCCUUUUUUUUUUUUUUUUUUUUUUCCUCUUGUGUGUGCUUAAUUUAUUAAAAUAGUUGCUGUAUAAUUUAUUUUCAUAAACUAUAUUAAAAAGUUACUAAAUGGUAAAAA